AAGACUAGUAUACGAGAAAGGCUUGCGCGAGUGUUCCCUGCUCAAGGUGAAGAGACGUCAAAAUCUCCCGAUGGCUGACAUUGUCACUGUUGCUGCUGGUGCUGUAGCUGGUGCUGUGGCCACAGCUGCUUUCCCAGCAGUUGCUGGGGCACUGGGUUUUACUGGAGCUGGAAUUGCUGCUGGAUCUACAGCUGCAAGUAUGAUGUCAGCAUCUGCUAUUGCUAAUGGUGGAGGAGUGGCUGCUGGAAGCCUCGUUGCUACAUUGCAGUCAGUUGGUGCUGCAGGUGUGUCAGUGGUUACCAAUGUUGCAGGGGCAGCUGGAGGAGCACUGCUGGGUGCUUUGAGUUCCCUAUUUUAAGAAAACAGGAAAAGACGGCUCUGGCCUUUGGAAGAGGAGGAGAUGCUCUUUAUGCUUCAAGAUGACACUUUGCCAUUAGCUAAGCAAACCUAGCUCCACACAGGGAAAUGAAUGAUUUGCCUUAGCAGUAAGUAUACACUACUUAUAAAUCUCUAUUAUGUUUUUUCAUAGCUUUGAGGAUCCAUUUUUUCCAGCAAGCUUUUAACUUCAAGUUUUUGAAAGGUGUGUCUGUAUGGGAAUUUCUGCUGCUUUGAAGUUGUUUUGUUUGUGUGGAAGAAAUUCUCCCUUGCCUUGCUGUAUUAAUGAUGUUUUUAAUAUAAUGUAAUCGCUACCAUUGCUUUAUUUUGUUAUGUAUAUUACUGUGUUGUGCUCCGCUCUGAGCCCGCUUGCGGGGAGAGCGGACUAAAAAUAUAAAUAAAUAAAUCAGAGGUGCCUGUUAUUAAAUCUGCAGACUAAAAGCUUUGCUGAAAUGCAUGCAGGGUACAAUGUGACCCUUGACCUCAUCGUUUCAAAAUAUUGAUCUCCCAGUGUCCACUACAACAAAUACACCAUGAACUCUGCUCUUCUACAAUGAGGCCCAGUGCAGUAAACAGGCAUAAUACAAAGAGAUUGUUGUCUGAUAAACCCCUCCUACGUGAGUGCUGACAAAUUUUGUACUUUGUAAACUAAAAACAUCCUGUUGUGAAGUGAGAACGA